UGGAUUAACAAUAAAGAGCAAUCGCAUGUGGAACUACGAGGAGUCAAGACGUGUUUUAUCACGAUACUACAUUUGGCGACGAGUAAAAAGAAAUAAAGAGAACUAGCAGUGGAACAAAAUCAGACGGCAAGAUACAAUGAAUACGAUUGAUCUAUUUCGUUUCCCAGGGCUGACGCCUCAGCCGUUUAAUUAUGAGGGUCACCGAGAAAACCUUGGAAAUGAGUGGAAAAAAUGGAUUAAAUCUUUCGAAAUCAUGCUUCGAGCAUCUCGAAUUGAUGAUGAGGAGUGGAAGAAAGACCUACUAUUGCAUUUUGUGGGACCAAAGGUCCAACAAAUUUAUGAAACUCUGCCAGAACUACCAAGCAUUGAGAAACGAGGACCUCUUUCAAAUAUUGAACAAUAUACCCCCAAUAUGAACAGCUACGAAGAGGCCGUAGCAAAAUUAAAUAAUUUCUUCUUGCCGAGACAAAACCCCACCUAUGAACGACACCUAUUGCGGCAAAUUAAACAACAACCAGGAGAGAAUUUUGACACUUUUAUAGUGAAAUUACGCAUACAAGCAGAAAGAUGCGGCUAUGGCGACAAGACAGAAGAAAAUAUUAGAGACCAGAUUAUUGAAAACUGUCAGUCAGCUGCAUUGCGUAGAGAGUUAUUGAGACUAGGCGACGCUAAUCUCGAUAAAAUAUUGAGUGUAGCAAAAAUUCUUGAAACAGUUGCUCAUCAAGAAAAAUCGUUCAUAGGAAGUCAGCAUCAAGUUGACGAUGUUAAUAAAAUUGAUGGGUAUUCUGUUCAUAAAAAGAGAAUUUUUGCUGAAACAAAUCAAAUGCAAUGCCAUCGUUGUGGCUAUAUGGGACAUCUUGCCAAAGACGAGAAAUGCCCAGCCAAAGGAAAAACUUGUAGUAAAUGCGGCGGCAUGAAUCAUUUCGCUAAGAGGUGUCGCACUAAAAACCCAGAACAAAGGACUUUCAAGGGUACCAAGAAAUAUCGACGAGAGGCAACAGAAGCUGGAAAUAGAGAGUACAAACAUGACACAGUGAAACAUAUUGAUAACAAUACCACGGAAUACGUCUUCCAUCUCACGCCAUAUGAUAACAGCAGCGAAAUGUGUUGUAAAAUAGGUGGUAUCCCUAUAAACGCUAUGAUCGAUUCGGGAUCAAAAUACAACUUAAUCAGCCAAAUUGUCUGGGAGCAACUAAAGUCCCAACAUGUUGUUGUAUCAAAUCAACACCGUGAUGCCACAAUUACACUCAAGGCAUAUGGCGGACAGGUACUGCCGCUCGUAGGUGUGUUUACUGCUACAGUUACUUUAGGCUCAGCAGAAACUACUGCCGAUUUCUAUGUUGUGAAGGGUGAUGGCAAAACUUUAAUUGGGCGUGAUACGGCUACCCUCAUGGGAGCGUUGAAAAUUACAGUUCCUGUAAAUACGGUUGACAACGAAAACCAUAAACUGUCGACCUUGAAGAAUGUUGUGGUAGAUAUACCAAUAAAAUCAGGUUCAGUAGCUGUCGCUCAGCCAUACCGUCGAAUACCGGUUGCCCUGGAAAAACUAGUCGAUAAAAAACUGGAUGAACUACUGAUUCAGGGAGUUAUCGAGCAAGUAAAUGAGCCAUCUAAGUGGGUAUCACCUGUAGUAGUUGUCCCUAAAGGAAACAACGAUGUUCGCAUAUGUGUAGAUAUGCGGCGAGCUAACGAGGCGGUUGAGAGAGAAAAUCAUCCACUACCUACUUUUGAGGACUUCUUACCACAUAUGGCUAAGGCAAAGGUAUUUUCCCGUCUGGACAUUAAAAAUGCUUUCCACCAGGUAGAAAUUUCAAAACAAUCUCGGGGGAUUACUACGUUCAUCACACGUAGAGGGUUGUUCCGUUACACCAGACUUAUGUUUGGGAUAAACUGUGCACCAGAGCUGUUCCAGAAAACUAUGGAACAAAUUCUUACAGGCUGUGAAGGAUGCUUGAAUUACAUCGAUGACAUUAUUGUAUACGGAUCGCAUAGAGAUGAACAUGACAAAAGACUGACAAAGGUUCUCCAAAGGCUCAAAGAGUGGAACGUGGUGCUAAAUGCAGAUAAAUGCGUUUACGGGGUAUCAGAAAUGAGAAUUUUAGGGCAUGUUAUAUCUGCAGAAGGAGUAAAACCAGACAAAGAUAAACUAAAUGCAAUACGAAACUUCAGGGCACCAAAAUCAGCAGAAGAAGUUCGAAGUUUUUUAGGUUUAGUAAAUUAUGUAGGAAAAUUUAUUCCUGAUAUGGCAACCAUUACACAUCCAUUACGACAGCUAACAGUUGAAAAGGAAAAAUUUGUAUGGAAAUCAGAGCAUCAUUCAGCGUUCGAGAAACUCAAAUCGUUUAUGAUAAGCCCAUCAACACUAGGUUUUUUUGAUAUUGGAGAUAGAACACAGUUAAUUGCUGACGCAAGUCCUGUUGGGUUAGGAGCGGUAUUAAUACAGAUAAAUUCAGAAGGAAAUCCGAGAGUAAUUGCAUACGCAAGCAAAAGUCUAUCUAAUACAGAAAAACGCUAUGCACAAAUUGAAAAAGAGGCCCUAGCGCUUGUUUGGGCAGUAGAACGCUUCCAUUUUUAUCUAUAUGGUCGUCAAUUUGAACUUAUAACAGAUCAUAAACCAUUAGAAAAAAUAUUUAGUACAAAAUCGAAACCAUGUGCCAGGAUCGAGAGAUGGGUAAUACGGCUGCAAUCUUACAAAGCAUCUGUUAUUUAUAGACCAGGGAAAUCCAAUAUUGCUGAUCCACUUUCACGCCUCGCGAUCACAGAGACCGUAGAAGGUAAACCAUUUGAUGAGUUUUCUGAACAGUAUGUGGCAUGGAUUAUUUCCAAUGCAUCACCAGUAGCGCUAAAGCUUACAGAGAUAGAAAAAGCUUCAAAAGCCGAUGGAACUAUUCAAGCGGUUCGUCAGGGAAUCGAAAAGAAUGAAUGAACCGAAGAUACUUCGACAU